AUGGAAAAGUCACAACCAAACCUGUCCAAACAAAGCGGAAAACCACGAAAGCGAGCCAGGGAGUUCAUUGAAGAUUCCCAGUCACGAAGAAAGACAUUCAUGAAGAGAGUUCCUACUCUGAAGCAGAAAGCCGAGGAACUCGCUGAGUUGUGUGGCAUCCCAGUCUGCGUGGUCUGUUUUGGGCCUGAUGGGAUGGUCAAUGUGUGGCCAGAAGACCGGACAAAGGCUGAAGCAGUUAUCAUGAAGUACAAGGAACGUAGCAGAGAUUGUAUGCAGAAUCUAAAUCUCUCAGGGAUGUUGGAAACCAUGGACAAGAAAGAGGAGAAGCGGCCAUGGCACUUUAUGGAUAAGCUUUCACUGGAGGAACUUCAAGAUUUGAUGAGAAACUUGGACUCCAAGAUACUGACUGUGGAGGAAAGAAUCCAAUUCCUAAUAGGAAAAGCAGUUCAGAUUUUUGAAUUAGGAGCCGAAGAAGUUGGCCCAUUAAGCAUUGAGUUGCCUGAUGAUCACUUCAAUGAUUUGUAUGGGAUCAACAAUUCUUAUAUGGAACAUGAAAAAAGAUCUGACUUUCCUGGCUUCAAUGAUGUCAACCAACCAUCGCUGGCUCCUAUUCCAGUCAACGAUUGCUCCUACUUGGAAACGUUGAUGGCUUCUGAUGAUCAAACAGAUUUUACGAUCCCCAGCACAGAUACUAGUCGGCCACUGGGUUAUUACUCUGAAGGUGAAUGUAGCAGCAAUUCUAGCACUACUUCUUGGCCUUCAGGAGGAAUUCUGGAGACCAAUUUGGGUAAUAACUUCCUUUCCCAUCAAGCCGGGGUCUGGCAACCAACGCCCCUUCAUGAAGUUUUGCCAAUUACAGCAGUGUGGCCAAGGCAGCCAUUGCAGUCCCAGAUGAUCAAUCGCUAUGGCGAUAAGUACUGA